CCUGAUGGUCUUCAUGGAGCAUGGAAGCACGCUGUAGCUGAGAAGUGUGUGGCCUUCAGCCUAGCUCCAGCCCGCACCUUGAUGCCCUGUGGAUUUCCGUGGCUUGGAAGACAUCUUGUCUGCAAAGUGAAGAAAAAGCCACGAUGGUGUCCGACUACUUUUGAAUUAGUGGCAAGGAGAGGAACGAUCUUUCUCAUUCUUACUGUUCCUCUGUGAAGUAAGAUACAAGAUCACUUGUUGAAGAGGGAAAGUUGAAGACCACGUGAAAUGCAAGAUCCUGGAGAAAUUGUAAAAAGAGAUUUGGAUAACCGGAGGGUUAAAUUGCCUGUGGAGCUUUUCCUUUAGUGUUGAAGGCUUGUUUGGAGUUAGACAAGGCCUCAAAUUCUUGGUGCUUCCCAUGUAACUGGUUAGGUGGGAGUCACCCAGGAUGGAUAGACAGAUGGCUGGGGAAUAAUCCAGAGCAGUGGUUACAGAAGGACAGAGAGGGGAAGUUGAGGUUUUAGAACAUAUAUUAUUGAAAUGAUGGGCCAUGGCAUUUUAUAUGUAGCAUCAAGGAAUUGGGGAUUAUAAAUAGGAUAAUCAGAGGAUGGACAGCUUGGAUGCCUCUCUGAGGUAGAGAGCAGGUACAGUACAGAUUAAAAAGUGAACAGGGGUAGAAGUAUAGUUUCUAUGUUCAGAGAGUUCAGGGACGCCUGACUUUUUGCUCUGGAGAGCGUAAGAGUCUUAGUGAUGAUAAAUUCAAGGUAUGUAACUGAGAUGUGAAAGCCAUGGGUGUUUGCAGGUUUAUACCCACCCAGGAACAUAGAAUCAUCUUUAAUCAAGGCAGAGUUGAGCGGGAGUCAGGUACCUACCGAUGGCUUUAUUGAGUCAGGUCUAUGUGUUGAUACCAUUGCAGAUGAGAAGCUAGUAUAGUGCCUCAACAGAGAUGGGAUUUUUAAUAAAUGAUGGGUAAUGUGGUUUGAUACUACGGUAGAUUUACCUUAAGGAUGAGGAAGAUCAAGAACUCCUACCGUAUUGCUUUGAGGUUGUCCAAGGCAAGAAAAACAAAGUCCCCGGAUCAAAUUGCAAGUUUGCGUGCUCUCUUGUUAAUGUUUUUUUAAUUUUAGAGCCCUGACUUCACUAGACCAUAGAUGCAAGAAAAAGAGCAUCCUGGGCAUGUUUAUUUAAAGCCUUGCAAAAUGGCAGCCACACCUCUGUCUUCUGUAUUUGACGCUGCUUGUGCCCAUGAGAGGGUCACAAAGGUGGAAAACAUCCACUCCGUGUUACAGAACUCAGUAACCUUUGAGGAUGUGGCCAUCGACUUCACCCGGGAGGAAUGGGCGUUGUUGAAUCCGUGUCAGAGAAAACUGUACAGGGAUGUGAUGCUGGAGAACUACAGAAACGUGGCAUCGCUGGGAAAGCAGCUCACCAAACCUGCUUUGAUCACUCAGUUGGAGCAGGAAGAUGAACUGAAAACAGAGACAAGAACUCACCAAGAUACUUGUUCAAAUGGAAUGGUUCUCCCUGAAACCAAACAAUCACAACAUAAACAAGAUGUUCUGGUGAAAGAAGCACUCCACAGCAAGAAGGAGCAAACUCAUGGAGGCAUAUCGGUUGAACAGAAUGAAGUUGCCCUGCGCAUGAAGUCUAGCGUUGCUCAGAGUCAGAGAACUCCUUCCAGAGAGAAACCCCCUCAACGCCUUCGCCCUGGGAAACCCCCCAGAGAUUGUUCUCACCCGAACCCACAGGAGAGUGUUCAUUCUGGGGAAAAGUCCUAUGAAUGUAAAAAAGAUAAAAACACCUCUGUUAGGAGUUCUUUCUUAGGUGCACAUGAGAGAAAACAUACAAGAGAGAAAUCCUGUGAAUCCAAUGACUCUGGCCAAGUCUUAAAUUCAAUCUUCUGCCUUAAGAAGCAGGAAAAAACUCACAUUAAAGAGAAAUCUGUUCAGUGUAGCCAGUGUGGUAAAGUAUUAAAGAACCACUCAUCUAUUACACUGCACAUGAGAAUCCACAGUGGAGAAAAACCUUUCAAAUGUAACCAGUGUGGGAAAGCCUACAGUUCAAGCUCUUACCUUAAUCGGCACAAGAGAAUUCACUCUGGGGAGAAGCCCUAUGGAUGUCGAGACUGUAGAAAAACCUUCAGAGAUAGUUCACUUCUUAGACAACAUGAAGAGAUUCAUUCAAGGGACAAACCCUACAAGUGUGAUCAGUGCAACAAAGCAUUCACUAGAAGGUCUAGGCUUAACCUACACAAGGUACUACAUACUGGAGAGAAGCCCUAUGCCUGCAAUGAUUGUGGGAAAACCUUCAGUAUCCUCCCUUACCUUAAAAGACAUAAGAGGAUCCACACUGGAGAGAAGUCCGUUGAGUGUAAGCUCUGUGGAAAAGCGCUAAGUAGUCAGUCCUAUCUGAAGACGCACCUCAGGAUACAUACCGGAGAGAAACCUUACAAAUGUGAUCAGUGCGGGAAAACUUUUCGAAUGAGCUGCAAUCUCACCGUGCACAAGAAGAUGCACGCUGGAGAGAGACCGUGCGCGUGCAGUGACUGUGGGAAGGCCUUCAGGGACCACUCGUGCCUGAAGGAACACAUGAGGAUUCACACUGGAGAGAAACCCUUCGCGUGUCAUCAGUGUGGGAAAAGCUUCAGAGUGAAUUAUUUCCUCAUUUUGCACAAGAAAAUUCAUACGAGGAUGAAACAAUAUGAGUGUAAGGAAUGUGGGAAAGCCUUCAGUGGUUUCUUAUCUCAUAGGAGACAUAUGAAAAAGCACACCAGGGAAAAGAAACCCUUCAAGUGUAGUGAGUGCGGAAAAGCGUUUAGGAGGAAUGUAGCCCUGAAAAUACACACACGAACUCACACUGGAGAGAAACCCUAUGAGUGUGAUCAGUGUGGGAAAACCUUUAGUGUAAGGGGUAACCUUACUGUGCAUAAGAGAGUACACACUGGCGAGAAACCGUAUAAAUGCAAUGUCUGUGGGCACGCUUUCAGCAAGCUCAUAUCGCUCCGGAGGCAUCGUGAGAACACUCAUGCUGGACCAGACUCCUAGCAGCGUCCCCGUGGGAGAGUUCUCCACGAACCCUCACUCUUGAUGGCACGCAAGCAAAUGCAGAGGAAAGCUACGUAAGGAAUGGGACAAAGCAUCUGGAUAAUCUGUGGGAGAAAUCGUUAUUAAAGGACUGUGAUAAAUCCUUUAUUCGCCCCGCAGAUAGGUGACCAUUUGACACUGAAAAGAAAAAUCCUUUUAGGAUCUCUAAGGCUUGUUACUUGAGAAAAAUAAAUGCCUAAUGUCUUAAGCC